AUGGCACUGGUCCUGGCUGAAGCUAGACUCGAGGAACGAGGGCCAGUCACUGCAGGGGCCAUCAACUCAGGGCAGAUGAGGGAAAGAGUGAAGGUGCCAGUACCUCUGUUUGAAAGGAUAGCAAAUGCAGAGGCAAUGGUUCUUGGAACCAUUGCAGAAUAUUCCCUCCCCCUAUCUGCAGCUCCUGUCAUUGUUGAGCUUGCCCAGACACUGGCUCUGGAUAAACCAGCUUUGGCAGACAUGAAGCUAUCCCGGACUGCUGCAUCUUACAAGAUGGUCCAGGGCCUGGGCCACACCUUCUCAGAGAGGACGUUUCAGAGAAUCAGGUCAAGUUCAUUCUCGAUCAACCUGGAUGAGAGCACGUCAAACUCCAACAAGAAGGUGUUGUCAAUUUUAGUAAGCUACUUCAAUCAGGAGCUGAAGCAUGUGGUGGUGGAGCACCUUGGCUCCUUCGAAGUCCUUAAAGGCACGGCUUAUCACUUGGAAACUGCCUUAGUCGCCUUUUUUAAAGACCAUCAAAUCCCAUUUUCAAACAUGGUCAGCAUGAUGUUGGACUUGUGUAAUGUGAUGAGAGGGAGCAAGUCUGGGCUGGAGACAAGAAUAAGAGACAAGCACUGCCAGAACCUGCUGGACAUAGAUGGAGAUUCAUGCCACCAUAUCCACAAUGCUGCCAAAAAGUUGGCUGCCCCCUUCUGCCACAACCUUGAGCAGCUCUUCACAGACCUUCACACAGACCACCUGUGGGCUUCAGACCAGGUGAAUUAUCUGAUGGAGGUUUGUGAAUUCAUGUGCAUUCCAGGCACCAACCCACAGAGGUUUACGGCUCAUCGGUGGCUUUCAGCGUACGAUGUGGGCAUCAGCACUCGCCGAAUGUUGCCUGCAUACAAGGUACUGUAUUUUGGUUUCCUCAAUCGUGCAGACCAGAACCUCUACAUGGAUAUCCUAGAGGAGAUUUACAAGGACCAUGGAGUUGGUGAGCGGGCAAAGGCCAGGAACCAGUUCUUUCACCAGGACCUCAGAAAAAAAGGAAUGACGCAAGUUGGGAAAGACCGAAAAGAGAGGGUGGUAAAGAAGCUCUGGUUCGAGAGCCUUAACACAAACCUUUAUCUGAGUGUUUACCUUGGCGUCCUCCCCAUCUUGAAGGAGUAUGUUAUGGUGUUCCAGGGCAGCCAAACCCUUGUCCACAAGCUACAUGACAAGCAGCUUGAAGUGGUCACCAGUUUCAUGGCAUGCUUUGUCAAGGCUGAGCAUCUUCACACCACACCAAAGAAGCUCGUGGAGAUGGAGUUCAGCGAUAAAAUGCUGCCUCUCAGGGAGCUGUAUGUUGGACCGUUGGCUGAAAAACUGAAGGCAGAACAUCCUCAACAUCCAAUUGUGCUGCAGUUUCUCAACACAGUAAAGACUGCAUACAUCUCCACAGCAGCCUACAUGCAGAAAAAGCUGCCACUGAACAGCAGGACUCUACAAGCCCUGUCUGCGUUGGACCCCUUAGUGAGAGGACACUCAGAAACUGGCAUACUGCUGAAGCGGCUCUCAGGGCCAGAGAUGAUGGGCCACUUGUGUUGA